GCCAUCCAAUAGUCAGUGUAAGUUCGGUGACUAGUCAGUGAAUUUAGUGGUUAUUCUUUUCUGUUUAUUUUAAUACAAGUCAAUUUUUUCAAAUUUUCAAAAUGAACGCUYUCGUGUUGUGUCUCGUCGUCGCCACGGUAGCUAUUGUCUCCGCUGAGCCACCAAGCAGUUACAGCCGACCAUCAUUCGGCGGUGGACACUCGUCCGGUGGUUUCUCGUCCGGCGGUUACUCAUCCGGCGGUUUCGGUGGUGGACACUCGUCCGGCGGUUUCGGCGGUUACUCUUCCGGCGGCAGCGGUUACUCUUCCGGYGGCAGCGGUUACUCAUCCGGCGGCAGCGGCUACUCUUCAGGCGGCAGCGGAUACUCGUCCGGCGGUAGCUACGUCCCAGUAGCCCCGGGACCGUCCACAUACGAAGGACAGUACGUUGACGGACAAUUGCUCGAACAGAUCAAACAAAUCGUACUCAGAGACGAAGCCCAGAACUCCGGAUCCUCUUCCGGCGGAUACCCGUCUUCGUCCUACGGCGCCCCGUCCUCAUCUUACGGCGCACCGUCAUCAUCCUACGGAGCCCCGUCCUCGUCCUACGGAGCCCCAUCAUCGUCCUACGGAGUCCCGUCGCAGUCAUACUCGAGCCGUGUUGUCGGCGUCGAACUGGAACAGGUGAAACCAGCCAUCCAAGUGGCCCAAUWCCAACAGUCCGGCGGAUACUCGUCCGGCGGCGGAUACUCGUCCGGUGGCGGUUACUCGUCCGGCCCAUCUUCCUCUUACGGAGCUCCAUCCAGGCCGUCGUCUUCCUACGGAGCACCGUCGUCCUCUUACUAAUAGCUGUCGGUGCGCAGCUCGGCCCGUCGACACCAUCUCGCACGAAAAACACCACAAACCGCAUAAAUAUCCAUCAUCGUACACAUCAUACCAUCCUCCGCUCUUUCGACGCCGCCGUGACAGACCGUGCACCACAGCAGCUUUUAAUGUGUUAUAUUAUUAUUAUUGCUAUGCACUCGCGAUCUGCAUUCCUUUUUUUCCCAUUUCGUAAAUCAAAUAAUAAUAAUAAAAAAACGCGAGUGAACGAUAUAUAUAUAUAAAUAUAUAUUGUACGUAA